AUGGCCAACCCCUCCCCCCUCCGUCGGGGCUCCUCGACAGGCCAUCUCCCACUACAACCUCUCUCGACAACCUCCUCGACCCCGACCCCGAGCACAGCAGCAGCUUCUACCAACAGCUCUGAACCUCCUGUGCAUCCCUCUCUCCUCCAGCCUCGCGUCGCCGUCGUCCUCAAUGUGCCCCCGCCCUGGCAUCCGUGGCUCUUUACACUCCGUCUCGUCUCCAUCCUACCCGCGCUCUGGUGGGGUCUUCCCUCGGCGCUUCAGCUUUUGAUACGGAUACUUCCUGGGCCGGAGCUUGUUGUUGUUGUUCCGUCGGCCACGGCUGGGACAAAGGAGUUGAGCGUCGAGGCGGAUGCGAGGCUCAUCAACUAUACUCCCCAGGCGACAAUGGUCCGCCUCCUAACUAUUAAUGCCUGCAACGCCUACAUCACGGCUGGCGUUCUCUCCCUCGCGGGGGGUUUCCAAGACCCCCGUCUUCUCCUACCAGGCUGGAUCGGCAUAGCGACUACCUUAACCGUAAUGUAUCACAUCACGCAUCAGAAAAUCAACAUCCGCAAGGAGACGUCUACUUCCAUCAACGUCUUUUCCAUCGCCAGCUUCCUCAGCAUGGUGACUUUGCUCGCGCACAUGCACCUCUACACGCCCCAGUAUCCUCAGAUACCCCUCAUCGCCUCUGGACGCCGCGCCUGGGACGAGGCGUCACGCGUCGUCGCGCAGGUUAGGGGCAGCAUCGAGCAGCAUGACGGCCUCUAG